AUGGAGCCGCACGUGCUCGGCGCCGUCCUAUACUGGCUGCUGCUGCCCUUCGCGCUUCUGGCCGCCUGCCUGUUCCGGGUCAACGCGCUCUCUCUGGUCUACCUGCUGUUCCUGCUGCUGUUGCCCUGGUUCCCGGGCCCCUCACGGCACAGCAUCCGAGGUCACACUGGCCGCCUCCUCCGAGCCCUGCUGGGCUUCAGCCUCCUCUUCUUGGCAGCCCACCUCACCUUCCAGAUAUGCCUGCAUACUGUGCCGCGCCUGGACCAGCUUCUGGGGCCAAGCUGCAGCACCUGGGACACCAUCACCUGGGACACCAUCACCUGGGACACCAUCUCCCGGCACAUUGGGGUCACGAGGCUGGACCUGAAGGACAUUCCCAAUGCCAUCCGCCUGGUGGCCCCUGACCUGGGCAUCCUCGUGGUCUCCUCCCUGUGCCUUGGGGUCUGCAGGCGCCUCAUGAGGACAGCCCGGUGCAGCCAGCACAUCCAGGAGCCGGACGAUGACAGUGAGGAAGCUGACGCCGGCUCCCUGGGGGAGCUGCGGGAAGCCCCUGAACUGUCGCCCACGCGGAGAUCUCGGCUGGCCGCCCGGUUCCGGAUCACAGUGCACUGGCUGCUUGUGGCAGCUGGGCGGACUCUGGCCAUCAUGCUGCUCGCACUGGCAGGCAUUGCCCACCCCUCAGCCUUCUCCAGUGUCUACUUCCUGCUCUUCCUGGCCAUUGGCACCUGGUGGGCCUGUCAUUUUCCCAUCAGCCCGUUGGGCUUCAACACACUCUGCGUCAUGGUGGGCUGCUUUGGCACCGGCCAUCUCAUCUGCCUCUAUUGCUACCAGACACCUCUCGCCCAGGCCACUCUCCCACCUGCCAGCAUCUGGGCCAGGGUGUUUGGUCUCAAGGACUUUGUGGCCCCCACCAACUGCUCCAGCCCCAACGUGCUGGUCGUCAAUGCCGACCACGACUGGCCCGUGUACGUGAGCCCCGGCAUCCUGCUGCUGCUCUGCUACUCGGUGACCUCGCUCCUGAAGCUCCGCGCCCACCAGCCUGCGGACCAGAGAAAGGAGGCGGCCGGGGACGAUGACACACGGGAGGUGGAGUUGACCGAGGUGGACCAGUGGCCCCAGGGUCAGGCCAGGGUUGUGGCCAUCAAGGAGGAAGGGGCUGCCCAGCACACAAUGCCUACUCCCACAACACCAGACCCCGAGGACAACUGCAUCAUACACGACCUCACUGGCCACAGCGCCGCCCAGCAGCAGACCUCAUGCCCCCGGCUGGCUGAGCCGAAGGCAACGUCUCCGCUGCACGGCCUAGGCCACCUCAUCAUGGACCAGAGCUACGUGUGUGCCCUCAUCGCCAUGAUGGUGUGGAGCAUCACCUACCACAGCUGGCUGACCUUCGUGCUGCUGCUCUGGGCCUGCCUUAUCUGGACGGUGCGCAGCCGCCACCAGCUGGCCAUGCUCUGCUCGCCCUUCAUCCUGCUCUAUGGGCUGGCGCUCUGCUGCCUGCGUUACGUGUGGGCCAUGGACCUGCAGCCCGAGCUGCCCACCGCCCUGGGCCCCGUCAGCCUGCGCCAGCUGGGGCUGGAACACACCCGCUACCCCUGCCUGGACCUGGGUGCCAUGCUGCUGUGCACCCUGACCUUCUGGCUCCUGCUGCGCCAGUUUGUGAAGGAGAAGCUGCUGAGGAGGGCGCGAGCCCCCGUGGCGCUGACGGAGGUCACCGUGGCCGCCACAGAGCCCACGCGGACACAGAUGCUGCUGCGGAGCCUGGGGGAGCUGGUCAGGGGCAUCUACGCCAAGUACUGGAUCUACGUGUGCGCAGGCAUGUUCAUCGUGGUCAGCUUCGCUGGCCGCCUGGUGGUCUACAAGAUCGUCUACAUGUUGCUCUUCCUGCUCUGUCUCAUCCUUUUCCAGGUCUACUACAGCCUGUGGCGGAAGCUGCUCAAGGCAUUCUGGUGGCUGGUGGUGGCCUAUACCAUGCUGGUGCUGGUGGCCGUCUACACCUUCCAGUUCCAGGACUUCCCGGCCUACUGGCGCAACCUGACGGGCCUCACCGAUGAGCAGCUGGGGGACUUGGGCCUGGAGCAGUUCAGCGUGUCCGAGCUCUUCUCCAGCAUCCUGGUCCCUGGCUUCUUCCUGCUCGCCUGCAUCCUGCAGCUGCACUACUUCCACCGGCCCUUCAUGCAGCUCACUGACCCCGAGCACCGGCCCCUGCCUGGCGCCUGCACCCCACGCUGGGUGCCCGGGCAGGACGCGGUGAGCCGGACCCCCCUGCUGCAGCAGGAGGAAGAGGAGGAGGUGCCCAGGGACGAGGGGCUGGGCAUGGCCAGCCCCCACCAAGCCAUGCAGGUCCCAGAGGCCAGCAAGUGGGGCCUGGUGGCUGAGCGGCUGCUGGACCUGGCCACCGGCUUCUCGGACAUCAUCACUCGCGUGCAGGUGCUGGUGCGGCGCCUGCUGGAGCUGCACAUCUUCAAGCUGGUGGCCCUGUACACCGUGUGGGUGGCCCUGAAGGAGGUGUCGGUGCUGAACUUCCUGCUGGUCGUGCUCUGGGCCUUCGCCCUGCCCUACCCACGCUUCCGGCCCAUGGCCUCGUGCCUGGCCACCGUGUGGACCUGCAUCAUCAUCGUGUGCAAGAUGCUGUACCAGCUCAAGGUGGUCAACCCCCACGAGUAUGCCAGCAACUGCACAGAGCCCUUCCCCAACAGUACGAACCUGCAGAAGAUGGAGAUCCGCCAGUCCUUGCUGUAUCGCGGGCCUGUCGACCCCGCCAACUGGUUUGGGGUGCGGAAGGGCUUCCCCAACCUGGGCUACAUCCAGAACCACCUGCAGAUCCUGCUGCUGCUGGUGUUUGAGGCCAUGGUGUACCGGAGCCAGGACUACCACCGCCGCCGGCACCAGCUGGCCCCGCUGCCCGCCCAGGCCGUCUGCGCUGAGGGCACCCGCCAGCAGCUGGACCGCGACCUGCCCAGCUGCCUCAAGUACUAUGUGAACUUCUUCUUCUACAAAUUCGGGCUGGAGGUCUGCUUCCUGGCGGCCGUGAACGUGAUCGGGCAGCGCAUGAACUUCAUGGUCAUCCUGCACGGCUGCUGGCUGGUGGCCAUCCUUACGCGCCGACGCCGGGAGGCCAUCGCCCACCUCUGGCCCAAUUACUGCCUAUUCCUGGCACUCUUCCUGCUGUACCAGUACCUGCUGUGCCUGGGCGUCCCCCCCGCCCUGUGCAUUGACUACCCGUGGCGCUGGAGCCGGGCCGUCCCCAUGAACUCCGCGCUCAUCAAGUGGCUGUACCUGCCUGAUUUCUUCAGCGCCCCCAAUGCCACCAACCUCAUCAGUGACUUCCUCCUGCUGCUCUGCACCUCACAGCAGUGGCAGGUGUUCUCGGCCGAGCGCACGGAGGAGUGGCGGCACAUGGCUGGCGUCAAUACUGACCGCCUGGAGCCGCUGCGGGGGGAGCCCAACCCCGUGCCCAACUUCAUCCACUGCAGGUCCUACCUCGACAUGCUGAAGGUGGCUGUCUUCCGCUACCUCUUCUGGCUGGUGUUGGUGGUAGUGUUCAUCACGGGGGCCACGCGCAUCAGCAUCUUUGGGCUGGGCUACCUACUGGCCUGCUUCUACCUGCUGCUCUUCGGCACCAGCCUGCAGCAGAAGGACACGCGUGCCCGCCUCGUGCUGUGGGACUGCCUCAUCCUUUACAACGUCACUGUCAUCGUCUCCAAGAACAUGCUCUCUCUCCUGUCCUGUGUCUUCGUGGAGCAGAUGCAGAGCAGCUUCUGCUGGGUCAUCCAGCUCUUCAGCCUCGUAUGCACCGUCAAGGGCUACUACGAUCCCAAGGAGAUGCUGGGCCGAGACCAGGACUGCCUGCUGCCCGUGGAGGAGGCAGGCGUCCUGUGGGACAGCGUCUGCUUCCUAUUUCUGCUGCUGCAGCGCAGGGUGUUCCUCAGCUACUACUUCCUGCACGUUCAGGCCGAGCUCCGUGCCACUGCCCUGCAGGCCUCCAGGGGCUUUGCCCUCUACAAUGCUGCCAAUCUCAAGACCAUCGAGCUCCACCGCAGGGCAGAGGAGAAGUCGCUAGCCCAGCUGAAAAGACAGAUGGAGCGGAUCCGGGCCAAGCAAGAGAAGCACAGGCAGGGCCGGGCCAACCGAGGCCGCCUUCAGGGCUCCCCGGACCCCGGCCAAGAGCCAGGGCCCGGUAGUCCAGGGGGCUCCUCUCCGCCACGACAACAGUGGUGGCGGCCCUGGCUGGACCAUGCCACAGUUAUCCACUCUGGGGACUACUUCCUGUUCGAGUCAGACAGUGAGGAGGAGGAGGAGGCCCAGCCUGAGGACCCCAGGCCAUCAUCACAGAGCGCCUUCCAGAUGGCGUACCAGGCGUGGGUGACCAACGCGCAGACGGUGCUUCGGCAGCAGCGGCAGCAGCAGGCCGAGCAGCAGCGCACAGGAGGUGACCCAAGCCAGGAGGCAGGGCUGGCAGAGGGCUUGGAGGACGAGGUAACCGGCCGCAGCCAUGUGAUGCAGCGAGUGCUGAGCGCCGUGCAGUUCCUGUGGGUGCUGGGCCAGGCACUGGUGGACGGGCUGACGCGCUGGCUGCACGACUUCACGCGGCACCACCGCGCCAUGAGCGACGUACUGCGCGCAGAGCGCUACCUGCUCACGCAGGAGCUGCUCCGGGGCGGAGAGGUGCGCCGGGACGUGCUGGACCAGCUGUACGCCAGCGAAGCCGAGGCGGCCCGUGAUGCGCUGAGCACAGCAUCGAGCGGGCUGGGGGUGGAGGAGCCACUGAGCAGCAUGACCGAGGACACCAGCAGCCCCCUGAGCACCGGCUACGACACCCGCAGCAGCAGCGAAGAGGUGGUCGCCGAGCCCAGGGCUUCUCUGCGCGGCUCUGGGGAGCUUCCCACCGGCGGCCGCGGCCGAAUGCGCACGGCCAGUGAGCUGCUGGUGGACAGGCGCAUGCACAUUCCGGAGCUGGAGGAGGCGGAGCAGUUCGCGGCGGGGCGGGGCCGGGCGCUUCGGCUGCUGGAGGCCCUAUACCAGUGCGUGGCUGCCCACUCCGAGCUGCUGUGCUACUUCGUCAUCGUCCUCAACCACAUGGUCACUGCCUCAGCCACCUCCCUCGUGCUGCCCGUGCUGGUCUUCCUGUGGGCCAUGCUCUCCAUCCCGAGGCCCAGCAAACGCUUCUGGAUGACGGCCAUCGUCUUCACCGAGGUCACGGUGGUCGCCAAGUACCUGUUCCAGUUUGGCUUCUUCCCCUGGAACAGCCACGCUGUGCUGCGGCGCUAUGAAAACAAGCCCUACUUCCCGCCGCGCAUCCUGGGCCUGGAGAAGAGCGACAGCUACGUCAAGUAUGACCUGCUGCAGCUCAUGGCGCUCUUCUUCCACCGUGCACAGCUGCUGUGCUAUGGCCUCUGGGACCACGAGGACCCCCCAUUGUCCAAGGAGCACGACAGGGGCAGUGCAAAGGAGAAGGGGGCUGAGGAGGAGCCAGCCCUGCCUGCACCCCAAGAGGAGCCAGGAGGGGUGGCCAGGCCCCCUGCUGAGGACCACGUCCAGGCGGAAGCGAAGGGUGGGCCCCUAGAGCCCGGCGGCAAGAGACGCAUCAGUCUCCGUUUCAGGAGGAGGAGGAAGGAGAGCACGGAAACCAGAGGACAGGCCAUUGAAGGCGAGGAAGAGGAGGCAGCAGCAGUGGCGGUGGUGGCAGCGGGGGCAGAGACCUUGCGGAGAGAGAAGAGGCGGAGUCGUCCCCGGGAAAGAGUGAGGGUGCUGGGGGUCCGGCUGCAGAGCUUCUGCCUGUCCCUGGCCCGGAGCGUGUACUGGCCCGUGCGGCGCUUCUUCCAGGACAUCCUGCACACGAAGUACCGGGCUGCCACCGACGUCUACGCACUCAUGUUCCUGGCCGACGUCAUUGACUUCAUCAUCAUCAUCUUCGGAUUCUGGGCCUUUGGGAAGCACUCGGCAGCCACGGACAUCACAUCCUCCCUGUCAGACGACCAGGUGCCCGAGGCCUUCCUGGUCAUGCUGCUGAUCCAGUUCAGCACCAUGGUCAUCGACCGCGCCCUCUACCUGCGCAAGACUGUGCUGGGCAAGCUGGCCUUCCAGGUCGUCCUGGUGCUGGCUGUCCACCUCUGGAUGUUCUUCAUCCUGCCCGCCGUCACCGAGCGGAUGUUCAGCCAGAACGCGGUGGCCCAGCUGUGGUACUUUGUGAAAUGCAUCUACUUCGCUCUGUCCGCCUACCAGAUCCGCUGCGGCUACCCCACCCGCAUCCUCGGCAACUUCCUCACCAAGAAGUACAACCACCUCAACCUCUUCCUCUUCCAGGGGUUCCGGCUGGUGCCAUUCCUGGUGGAGCUGCGGGCGGUGAUGGACUGGGUGUGGACGGACACCACACUGUCUCUGUCCAACUGGAUGUGCGUGGAGGACAUCUACGCCAAUAUCUUCAUCAUCAAGUGCAGCCGAGAGACUGAGAAGAAAUACCCGCAGCCCAAGGGGCAGAAGAAGAAAAAGAUCGUCAAGUACGGCAUGGGCGGCCUCAUCAUCCUGUUCCUCGUGGCCAUCAUCUGGUUCCCCCUGCUCUUCAUGUCCCUGGUGCGCUCUGUGGUCGGUGUCGUCAACCAGCCUAUCGACGUCACCGUUACCCUCAAGCUGGGCGGCUAUGAGCCCCUGUUCACCAUGAGCGCCCAGCAGCCAUCCAUUGUGCCCUUCACGCACCACGCCUAUGAGGAGCUGUCCAAGCAGUUUGACCCCCACCCGCUGGCCAUGCAGUUCAUCAGCCAGUACAGCCCCGAGGAUAUCGUCACGGUGCACAUCGAGGGCAGCUCUGGGGCACUGUGGCGCAUCAGCCCGCCGAGCCGGGAGCAGAUGAAGCGGGAGCUGUAUAACGGCACGGCCGACAUCACCCUGCGCUUCACCUGGAACUUCCAGAGGGACCUGGCCAAGGGCGGCAGCGUGGAGUACACCAACGAGAAGCACACCCUAGACCUGGCCCCGAACAGCACUGCCCGGCGGCAGCUGGCCAGCCUGCUGGAAGGCACCUCAGACCAGUCCGUGGUCAUCCCCCACCUCUUCCCCAAGUACAUCCGUGCCCCCAACGGGCCUGAAGCCAACCCUGUGAAGCAGCUGCAGCCCAACGAGGAGGCUGACUACCUCGGCGUGCGUAUCCAGCUGCGCAGGGAGCGUGUGGGCACGGGGGCAGCUGGCUUCCUCGAGUGGUGGGUCAUUGAGCUGCAGGACUGCCAGGCCAACUGCAACCUACUGCCCAUGGUCAUCUUCAGUGACAAGGUCAGCCCGCCCAGCCUCGGCUUCCUGGCCGGCUACGGCAUCAUGGGGCUGUACGUGUCCAUCGUGCUGGUCAUCGGCAAGUUCGUGCGCGGUUUCUUCAGCGAGAUCUCGCACUCCAUCAUGUUUGAGGAGCUGCCGUGCGUGGACCGCAUCCUCAAGCUAUGCCAGGACAUCUUCCUGGUGCGGGAGACGCGGGAGCUGGAGCUGGAGGAGGAGCUCUACGCCAAGCUCAUCUUCCUGUACCGCUCGCCCGAGACCAUGAUCAAGUGGACGCGCGACAAGGAAUAGAGCCGCCACGGGGGGAGCCGAGGCCCCGGGCUGAUGCUGCUGCCACAGGAAGCCGUGGCCCCCCGGCACAGGACUGCUGGCCCUUCCCGUUGUCCCCCACCCCCACGCGUACUGUAGUUUUCUAAUUAAAACGUUUUUAUUUAUACAA